AUGGACGAAGAAAUUCUGAAAGGCAAAUGCACUAGGAUGUGCCCUUUAUCGGAGCAGAGAAGGUACACACUAAACCCUAAUAAGCUUACAGUUAUCGAAGAUUACCUCUAUAGGCAAAUCCAAGGACUACUAGAAGGCAAAUCUACUAGUAGUCCUUGGAGACAGGAACAGAAUCGGUUGAGCGUUUUUGAAAUUUUACCUAUCACCACAAGGGGAUCGUCUAGGCCGCGUGUAGAUGAAAAUAAGGCAGUUAAAGAAUACUCUCGUCCAGCUGCUGGUAAAGAAAUUGACCUAGAAUUAAUUCGUCCUGUUGAGGUUUUACUAAAAACCAUCGAAUAUUUAAUUAACAGCCGUGUUGUUGUAUACAUCUACAGAUCAGCUUUCACUACGCCGAAUUUAGACAAUGAAGUAUAG